GUUUGAACGCAAGCAGGUGACCUUCAGUUUGGAGCGACUCGCCUCUCACACCUCCCAAACCCCCGCCGAAACGACCCCCAGAAGCACUACCUUCCAAAAAUGACCACCUCCGAUUCAGUUGAAACUCAGCAGGUGGCACCUACAUAGCAUAAGUAUCCUUAUUAUAUUGGUUUCCAGCCUGUAAAAACUAUCCGAACGGACUAUCCUUGAGACAUGUCAACGGGUUGCUCAGUGUCACGUGUCAACUACUUCUUCAACAUCUCAAGGAUGCUUUGCAGCUUUGCGCCCUUAUUACGUCUUGGCAGCUCAUCAACUGCUAUGCGCUUAUUGUGCACCGGUGCCCCGGCACCCCCGCCCAGUCCUGGCGGUGGGCUUGCUGUCGGCGCUAGCGCCCCGCCGUCACCGCCACCUGUGCUGCUGCAGUCCGCUGCCGCGGUGGCGCCGGCAGCUGUCACCGCCCUGCCCAGUGCUGCGACCUCCAAGUCCGCGCCGGGCCCGCCUGCGCGCUGCAGUGCUUCGGCACCGCCGCCCAGCCCUGGAGGUGGGCUUGCUGUCGGCGCUAGCGCCCCGCCGUCACCGCCACCUGUGCUGCUGCAGUCCGCUGCCGUGGUGGCGCCGGCAGCUGUCACCGCCCUGCCCAGUGCUGCGACCUCCAAGUCCGCGCCGGGCCCGCCUGCGCGCUGCAGUGCUUCGGCACCCCCGCCCAGCCCUGGAGGUGGGCUUGCUGUCGGCGCUAGCGCCCCGCCGUCACCGCCACCUGUGCUGCUGCAGUCCGCUGCCGUGGUGGCGCCGGCAGCUGUCACCGCCCUGCCCAGUGCUGCGACCUCCAAGUCCGCGCCGGGCCCGCCUGCGCGCUGCAGUGCUUCGGCACCCCCGCCCAGCCCUGAAGGUGGGCUUGCUGUUGGCGCUAGCGCCCCGCCGUCACCGCCACCUGUGCUGCUGCAGUCCGCUGCCGUGGUGGCGCCGGCAGCUGUCACCGCCCUGCCCAGUGCUGCGACCUCCAAGUCCGCGCCGGGCCCGCCUGCGCGCUGCAGUGCUUCGGCACCCCCGCCCAGCCCUGGAGGUGGGCUUGCUGUCAGCGCUAGCGCCCCGCCGUCACCGCCACCUGUGCUGCUGCAGUCCGCUGCCGUGGUGGCGCCGGCAGCUGUCACCGCCCUGCCCAGUGCUGCGACCUGCAAGUCCGCGCCGGGCCCGCCUGCGCGCUGCAGUGCUUCGGCACCCCCGCCCAGCCCUGGAGGUGGGCUUGCUGUCGGCGCCAGCGCCCCGCCGUCACCGCCACCUGUGCUGCUGCAGUCCGCUGCCGCGGUGGCGCCGGCAGCUGUCACCGCCCUGCCCAGUGCUGCGACCUCCAAGUCCGCGCCGGGCCCGCCUGCGCGCUGCAGUGCUUCGGCACCCCCGCCCAACCCGCCGCCCGCACAGUCAACGGGCUUCUGUGCACAUGUGCUGCAGCUCCAGCGGCCCAUCGGCACCGCCGUGAGAGGGGAUUCAUGGCAGUUCACGUGAUAGAGUCAUCGCAAAAUACCAUG